AUGACAUGGGCUAAAGCGAACGAGUAUUGUAAAGAAGAAGGUGGAGGACUCGUGGGGUUUGAAAAUAAAACCGAGGAGACAUUUGGAGUAAACGGUUUUCCCGUUAGCGGUUCAACCUACUGGGUGAGUGCCCGCUAUCACGGAGCCAGCUCGGAGUGGAAGUGGUAUCCGUUGAAUGGGACAUUUGACGCCGGUGUAGGGGAUAGUGAGGACGGGGAUUGUAUGAUCUACUCCAAGGGUAUGACCGUCAGUAAACCACAACAGGAACCCUGUAACUCCACCUACGGCUUCAUUUGUGAGGGUUACGAUGCUUGGGGCUCCCAGUGCCGGUGCCCACCCCAGUACUACGGGCCCUUCUGUGAGAAAACUGACGGGUCUGGAACAUACAGCAAAGCGAACAAAUUCUGCGAGGGAGAAAACAUUCAGGUGUCAUGCGCAGUCGAACAGAAGCGGAUUCGCAUAGAGUACGCCGCCUACGGUGUAUUUCAUGACAACAUGACGUGCAAUGAUGGUGUAAACUUUCUAGGAGCUGGUCAGACUUGUUUAGCACGUACAUCCUUGGAGAAAACAGCCGCUGCGUGCAAUGGGGAAUCAUUCUGCGAUCUUACAGUAACUAACAGGUUCUUCCAGAAUAACCCCUGUAUCCCCCAGAAGCAUCUGGACUUACGAUACCAAUGUGUGAUAGAUGACCCAGCCGUCUACAAUGCACUCUACACGACAGCUCGAACAGAAGCUCCUAUUAUGUACUGUAGUGAGAGAGUCUACGUGAAUACAACAUAUGAGGUUACUCCAGAAAAUACCACUAUCGACAAACCCUGCCCUCAAGGAUUUACAGGGAAAGUGACAUUCUCGUGUUUAGAAGGAGGCAUGUGGCAAGACGACGGUCCCGAUAAGUCCGGAUGCACCGAAAUUAGUGAAGCUCAAAAACUGGAUGAACAAAUUUUGGAGGGAACUAAAGAAGCGGUGGAUAUCGCGGCAUCCAUCGAAUAUCUACUCAAAGAUGGCAGCACGAAGACGGAGUUAGAAGACAACGAGGUCGUUAAUCUCCUGUCCGAUUUGAAUCAACUCCAGAAAAAGCAGCUGGGUGACUCAGAGAAGACUGAUCAAGAACGUAUCGAUACUGCUACUUCAUUUGCAGAGCGCACACUGAGUAUAGGCAGCGUGCUUCUUAGUUCAGACGGAGAAGAUCAACAGAAAAGCGUAUCAGUCAACAUCACCACAGUGAUGGACGACGUCGCCUUUAUCGUAGCUGAAGAACUCGAAGAGAACACUGCCAGAACAGUCUCCACCGACACUAUCGACAUGACGUGUGGAAGUGUACCGGCCGGCCGUCAGCAGUCUCUUUCAUACCCUGGCGACAAGAUGUUUACAAAUACGAACAUGACGAAUACACGAGCUGUAGCCACCAUGCCACCCUCGGCAUUCGACGAUGGAUCCAAUACAAGUAACUACUUCCGUACUAUAUGAAGGAC